CCUUGAAUCCUUUUCGCUGAUCUAGACACCUUCUUUUAAUGGUUUGAUUUUUCUACCACUCUAUUUUAUGAAAAUACAGAGGAUGUACGUAGCGCUUGUUCUUCUUCUUAUAUAUAUGUGGUUCUGAAUUCUCCACCAGUAGUAGAGGGAGAAGAGGUCCUCCGAUACGCCUGUGUCUGAUCGGUGUUUUCCUGUCUGUCCCUUUCUGUGUGAUUUUGAAUUUGUCUCCUGUUAGUUAAUGGAGAGGAAACCAAGAACAGUUUCUCCUGGUUGUGAAUCGGCCUAAUAAAAUAGGAAAAAAAAAACAAAGUUGGUCAAUGUUGUUUCCUUGGCAAAUCGCAACUGCGAGAGAGAGGGGCAAGCAACAAUACCGCGACGGAGCAGCAGACAAAGAAAUCUGAUGAUCUUUUUCCCUCAAGGCAGACCAAACCAUUGUUAUUCUGUCAAUCUUGUUGUUGUUAUUCCCUCAAAAAAAUCUUGUUGUUGUUGGGCUCACAGAUUAAUUUACCCCCAACAAGUUUAGCUGCCAUUGCUUAUCAUUUUCGGCAGACCGGCAGUUGGAGGGGACUCCCAUUCUGCUCAGUCAUUCGCAGCAUUUCGCAGUCUCUCGCCGCCUGGAUUCCCAUGUUGCGUUCGUAGUAUUCUUUUCUUUAUAUUCUGACUCUGAUAUAUAUUCUUUUGGUUGGGUAAUUGGGUUUGGACAACUCCUGCGUGUGUAAAAUAAAUCUGGAUCCCGAGUCCGUUAGGAGAUCACAUCACAUCACAUCACAUAACAAACAGCCUUUCCAAGAAACAGAGAGCCUUCUUCUCCGUACUCUACUUGUACUGCCCCUCCCUCCUUCCUUGCCUCGUGGUUGUGGAUCGACAUCUGUUUGCGGCCGGCCAUGGUGGAUGAGUCCCUGCUGGUGAUGGGUGCUGAUUGAGUGAUUGAUGCAGGGCUAGUAGCUCCCAGGACGGCUCCAGCACUCCCCAGUUCAUUCUGCCAACGGUGCCUGGCGACCUGAGCGAGGAGCAUGCGAGAUUGCCCUCCUCCGUCCUCGUCAUCUCCAUCGCCAUCGUCUGCCGUAUGGCCAAGCUGGGCUGCUUCCCCGCUCUGCUCCCCGGCAAGAGGAAGAAGACCCGCAAGAUCGCCGAUGCCAACAAGGCCAGCGGCAACGAAUGUCCCAAGGUGAAGCCGGUCGAGUUCACCGACGCGACGCUUGGCAUCGGGGGAUGCGUGGAGAGUGUCGCCCUCGUGCCCCGCGACGUGAAGGUCGUCCCCGUGGAGGACCGCAAUAAGGAAGCUCAUCAAUUGGUGUCGGUGAAGGGGAGCGAUCUGUCAGGUUUCGACUUCCACUUCCACGAGGCCAACAAGUCCAACCUCCGUUCCGACAGUGACGUGGCACUGGACACCGCGGUCGAAGGUGCGGUGGCGGACCCGUCGUCGCCGAAACUGAAGCGGUCGUGCUCCAACAUCGAGACUAAGCGGCCUGGCUCGCGUGCCGCGCCCGAGAUGCCGGCCCGGUCGCGCUCCUACGGCGAUCUGGGCAAUCUGAUCACCGGCCUCGCCAUGGAGACGACGGCGACGCCACACAGCGCGCCGGACCCGGAGGCGAGCCCGGCGUCGGUGAAGACGUCGCGCACCGCCGACCGCGUGAUGCUGAAGAAGCGGUCGUCCAGCCAGGUGCUGCCCUCGCGCAGCCGGAAGCUCUGGUGGCGGCUCUUCCUCUGGAGCCACCGCAACCUACACAAGCCGCGGUCGCCGCGCACGGCCCACCAAGCAGCGUGCUCGCCUGGCCGCCACGGCGGGUACACCUCGGACACGUUCGAGGAGGGCCCGGCCGCUGACCGCAAGGACAAGAAGGUCAUGGUCGACGACUCGCCGCCACCGUCCGUGCCCAACCAGUGGGUAGCCUUCUGCGCCGAGAACUCCAUCCACGACCGCAUCAGCGCGUGGGUGAGCAGCAUCGAGAGCGAGCCUCCGUUCCACAUCGCCGAGGAGGACGACAACUACGAUGGAGAAGACGACGAGGAGCACGGCGGCGAGUGUGCGUCGGAACGGCCGCGUCACCUCGAGCUCGGGGAGCCAUCCUCAGGGAAGGGCGGCCACGGCAAAUCCAAGCGCAGCGCAGCGGCCGACGAGGUCGUCCAGGCCAACACCAUCGUGCAGUCCCUGAACGCCUUCUCGUCGGUGGCGCACAUCUCAGGGAUGGGCCUCAAGGUGAUGCCGAUGAUCGCGCCCUUCUCAACCCUCCGGGCAGUUAACCUCUCCAGCAACUUCAUCGUUCAUAUCUCCCCUGGAUCGCUGCCCAAGGGCCUGCACUCUCUUGAUCUGUCUAGGAACAAGAUUGCCAACGUCGAGGGCCUCCGGGAGCUAACCAAGCUACGUGUGCUCAACCUCAGCUACAACCGGAUUUCACGGAUUGGGCAUGGUCUGUCCAACUGCACGGCGAUCCGGGAGCUGUACCUGGCGGGCAACAAGAUCAGCGACGUGGAGGGCCUGCACCGGCUGCUCAAGCUGGCGGUGCUGGACCUCAGCUUCAACAAGAUCACGACUGCCAAGGCGCUGGGGCAGCUGGUGGCCAACUACCACUCCCUCCUGGCGCUCAACCUCGUGGGCAACCCGGUGCAGGCCAACGUCGGCGACGACGCGCUGCGCCGGGCGGUCACGGGGCUCCUCCCGAGCCUUGCCUACCUCAACAAGCAGCCCGUGAAGCCGCAGCGCAGCGCACGGGAGGUGGCCACGGACAGCAUUGCGCGCGCCGCGCUCGGCGGCUCGUGCAGUCGGAGCAGCCGGAAGAAGACGUCGCGGCGGCUCACGCAGAGCCCACGCUCGUCGUCCUUGACCAGGGGCCGUGGUGGCGGCGGCGCCUCACCCACACCAAGAAACCCAUCUCGUCGUCGUUGACCAGGGGAUCGGAACCAACUGCAUGCGUGCUGGCCGUGGCUUGAGAGGAUUUGUCAGGCACUACGAUUGGGCACGGUGAUGAGGUCAAACUGAAUCGGUGGGACAAACCUAAGUAUGAUGUGAGAAAAUUACCAUGGACCACAUAAUGUACAUACUUGUUAGGGAGAGAUUGCUUAGAUUGAUGUUGUGCUCGAUGUAUCUUUGUAGCGGCGAAACAACAAUUUGUGCUUGGUUGAAGAUGAGAUCCAAUGUCACACUGAUUGUUCUCUCUUGUGUGCUUUAUAUCUAUCCAACUAUAUUUAUCUGUAUCUGCACUAUAAAGAAGCGAAUAAAUAUAAA